GGAAGAUAUCUUUCGGCUUUGCCGCCAGGUUGCUGUACCUGAUCACUCACCUAGGCAACAUCCUCACGCUUAUGGUGUGUGGCUGUUUAGGUCGUGUACUUCGUAGUCGGUUGUGCUCUAAACACGAGACGCUGCACGUUUGGACCUCCUGAAAUCCCACCCAUGAUCGCGGCCAAUCGUGCGCUCAUUCUGUACACAUUUCCCGAGUUGCUAUUAGAUCCUCUACUUUCUGUACUUUUUUUUAAAAGAAAAAAAGAAAAAAAGACACUGAUCUAGGUGAUACAAGACCACAGCAUCAUCAGUGCGAUGUAUCGUCUGCCAUUCUUUUCCUAAGUCGCAGACUCAGCUGCCUCCAUCUUCUCUCUCACUUUGAUCCUUCGGAUUUCUUACUAUUAUGUUCGUUCGUUCGUUGGCAGGACCUUCGCUCUUUUUUUUUCUUUAUUGCUUUUCUCAGUUCGUUCUUAUUUUAUUUAUGUUUAAUUUGUACCAGGUGGUAGGCAUUUGCAUUGAACAUGCACUUUGUGACCUUUUUCCUAUUGACAACGGUGUCUACUGUACUUGCCAAAGUCCAAUAUUUAGGAGUCGCUAUAGCAGGAGGAGACUUUGGGUGCCAGAUCGACGGUUCAUGUCCCACAGGCUCGACACAACUUCCACUUGGUAACGAUGGGGUUGCGCAAAUGAAACACUUUAUCGAAAAUGACAGCAUUAACAUCCUGAGGCUACCGGUAUCAUGGCAGUUUCUUGUGAACAACCAACUUGGCGGAGAUCUCGACAAGACCAAUUUGGCGAAAUACGACCAACUCAUGAAGGCCUGUCUUUCAACUGGAGCAUACUGUAUGAUUGACAUACACAACUUCGCACGCUGGAAUGGUGGCAUUAUCGGACAGGGCGGUCCAACGGACGCCCAGUUUAUCAGCCUUUGGACCCAGUUGGCGUCCAAGUAUGCUGACACGGAAAAAGUCGUGUUUGAGCUCAUGAACGAACCGCACGACCUUAACAUCAAAAUCUGGGCGAAUACUUGUCAAAAGGCAGUGACAGCAAUCCGGGGAGCCGGCGCUGGGGCGCAAAUGAUUUUACUGCCCGGUAGCUACUUCGAUAGUGCGGCGACGCUUCCCGAUGAUGGAGGUGCGAACCAGUUGUUGGACAUCAAAAACCCUGACGGGACUACGGAUAACCUGUUGCUUGAUAUUCAUAAGUACUUGGACGAAGAUAAUUCUGGGACGCAUGCGGAAUGCACGACAGAUAACAGCGAUGCGUUCACUGCUCUUGCGCAGUUCCUGAGAGAAAAGGGGCGGAAGGGCUUUAUUAGUGAGACUGGAGCAUCAACGGAUGCCUCUUGCCUCACUGCAUUUUGUGCCCAAAAUAGACUGAUUAAUGAGCAUUCGGAUGUCUUCGUGGGCCUAGUUGGUUGGGGUGCUGGCAGCUUCGAUACCUCGUACAUCCUUAGCUUAACACCAUUUAAACAGAACGGGGUUUUGAUUGACAACGAAAUAAUGUCACAAUGUCUCGUGGCAACCUGGGCCAAUCCCAACGAUACGGGAGCGAGCAAUUCUGAGCCUUCGAUAGGGCUGCCGUCUGUAUCACCGACGUCUUCUUUAACCUCCGCCGGCACUGGAUCCUCUACGAAAGUCUUGCUUACUGCGGCCACACCUGCAACCACAACUAUGCCCAAGGAGUCUGAACAGGCCAAGGUCAACGAGCCAGUAAUCACGGUCCAAAUCGCGUCUGACAUAACCGUACUGAGGACUGAAUCAAUACCGUCGACGUUGAUAACUGCACCGGGCACGCCCGGGGAUCGAUCAUACAGCAUCACCUUAGCAAAGUCGACAUCGACCACGCAGGCCCCAACUUUAACGCCGAGCGCGACUCCAAGCAGCGGGACAUGUUUAGUGAAAAAUAGGAGGUUGAUAUUCUGGAUUUGCGUGGUGCUAUCAUCGGUGUUAUAAUUCACUGCUAUGACCUAUAAACGGUCAUUGAUGUUGUGAUAUUAUUUCGGUAUACAGGAACCUGAGGUGCAAUUGUAUAAUAUAAUUAUAUAAUUACCAGGUUAGAAUUUAAUGACUUUCCGUGACGAGAAAUUAAUUGACG